AUGUCCGCUAACCUCGACCGCUCUCUCGACGAGAUUCUCGCUACCAAGCCCAAGCGCGGCGGGAUCCGCAAGGCUAAGGGCGCUCAGAUGCGUCGCAAGAACAACGCUGGCCCCGCUGCUCAGGCCGCAGUUGCCGCGAAGGAUGUGCUUAGCGAGGAGAGCAGGAUUAUGUUGAGUAACUUGCCGCUCGAUGUUCCUGAGCCUCAGAUUAAGGACCUCCUUCUCAAGGAGAUUGGCCCUGUCAAGAAGUGCCAGCUCAUGUUCGGUCCCAAUGGACAGAGCCGCGGUACUUGUGCCGUUACCUUCUCCCGCAAGGGUGAUGCCCAGAGGGCGUACGAGAAGUACAAUGGACGUUUGGUGGAUGGAAAGAAGGCUAUGAAGGUCGAGGUUCUUGUCGACCCCACGAAGGCUAUCGCCGCCGCCGCUUCCCUCGCUAACCGCCUCGCCCCUCUUCCCCGCGACACCCCCAAGAAGAGGAACAAGGCCGCCGGCAACACCAACAAAAACAACAACCAGCAGCAGCAGCCCGCCCAGAACGGAGCUCAGAAGCCACAGGGCGCGAAGAAGGACGGAGCAAGGAAGCCUAAGAACGCUCGUCUCAACAGGCCGGCGAAGACCGCGGACGAGUUGGAUGCCGAAAUGGCCGAUUACUUUGAUAAGGCUGCUGCGCCGGCGCCCGUUCAGGAGAGUGCCGAUUCUAUGCAGCAGUAG